CCCCCUCCCCCGCCCCCCUGGCCACCUUGGCGGGCCUAGAUCGGGAACAAAGGAGUCAACGUGUGGCCGGGCGGCCAAAGGGUUGUGAGCCCCGGCCCAGCCCCUCCACCCCUCUACCCACCUGAUGCAACCAUGGGCUCUGGCAGUGACUAGGUGGCCACCCUCUGCCCCUGUGGGUCAUCGGCGAUUUUCAGCAGGACCUGGCAGCACUCCUGGCCAGCUGUGGGGAAGUCCUAUCAGGGCCUCCUCUCUGUGGUGCAGCCCCGGCCGUGAGGGCCCCCUGGCCAGCCUGCCUGCCCAGCAUGAGCGCUUACCCUCCCAGCAGCCGCUGCCCCGACCACCACACCUCCCUGUAGAGGAGCACCGAGCCUCGGCUCCUGCCGGCGGGAGCCCCCGAAUGCUGCACCCAGCCACCCAACAGAGCCCGUUCAUGGUUGAUCUUCACGAGCAGGUGCACCAGGGACCUGUCCCUCUGUCCUACACAGUCACCACAGUGACGACCCAAGGCUUCCCCUUGCCUACAGGCCAGCACAUCCCUGGCUGCAGUGCCCAGCAGCUCCCAGCAUGCUCCGUGAUGUUCAGUGGACAGCACUACCCCCUCUGCUGCCUCCCGCCCCCGCUGAUCCAGGCGUGCACCAUGCAGCAGCUCCCUGUGCCCUACCAGGCCUACCCCCACCUCAUCUCCAGUGACCACUACAUCCUGCACCCCCCACCGCCGGCCCCACCCCCCCAGCCCACCCACAUGGCGCCUCUUGGGCAGUUCGUAUCGCUGCAGACCCAGCACCCACGUAUGCCCCUACAGCGGCUCGACAAUGACGUGGACCUGCGGGCGGACCAGCACCCCCUGGGUAGCUUCACCUACUCCACCUCUGCCCCUGGCCCCACCCUGUCCCCGUCAGUGCCCCUGCACUACCUGCCCCACGAUCCACUGCACCAGGAGCUGUCCUUUGGUGUGCCGUAUUCUCACAUGAUGCCGCGGAGACUGAGUACCCAGAGAUACCGCCUGCAACAGCCGCUGCCCCCACCGCCCCCACCACCACCCCCACCACCUUAUUACCCCAGCUUCCUGCCCUACUUCCUCUCGAUGCUGCCGAUGUCACCAACAGCAAUGGGGCCCACCAUCAGCCUGGAUCUGGAUGUGGAUGACGUGGAGAUGGAGAACUAUGAGGCCCUCCUGAACCUGGCCGAGCGCCUGGGAGAUGCCAAGCCCCGAGGCCUCACCAAAGCAGACAUAGAGCAGCUCCCGUCGUACCGCUUUAACCCGGACAGCCAUCAGUCGGAGCAGACGCUGUGUGUGGUCUGCUUCAGUGACUUCGAGGCGCGGCAGCUGCUCCGAGUCCUCCCCUGCAGCCACGAGUUCCACACCAAGUGUGUCGACAAGUGGUUGAAGGCUAACCGGACGUGUCCCAUUUGCCGGGCCGACGCCUCUGAGGUGCCCAGAGAGGCUGAGUGAGGCCCCAUAGCUGCCCAGGAGAACCCUGCCCGAAGCUCUGGAAACUUGGGGGCGGGGCAGGGAGGAUGGGGAGGGAGUGAUCCAGGCUUGCCCCGUCGUCCCAGCUGCAUCUCCAGAGCUGGCGCCAGGGUCAGCCCCGUGAGAAGCCCCUGCAAUAAGUCCCUGCAUUUGCCAAGCUCCAAAGACUCCUUGCCCGAUCUGCCUGCCUGCCCGCCCGCCGCGGAGCUGCCUGAGUGUCCCGAAUUUGGUCCCCCUCCUGUUUGCCUUGAGGGCCCUCUCCUUUUUCUCCCGGCACUGCGAGCCAGGGGUCCAUUGCGCCAGGGUGGCUGGCGGAGAUCCUUGGCCCCAGGACGGGCAGAGGGGGCGCCAUCCUGGGUCAUCUGGUCUCUUGCACUGAAAUGGCAUGCCCUGUGCUCAAGUGGCACUGCCAGGUGCGUGGACAGUGUCAUGAGGCCAUUCCCUGAGCCCCGGGGCUGAGUCCUCCCGCCUUGAGCAGACAGAUUCAGGCAGCCACCUCUGCCGAGGCUGCUGUGAGGGGUGGGUCUGGCUUCCUAGAGGACCCUCACCCCAGGCACAACGUUCUAGCCCCACCCCCACGCUGGACGGCACCCCCGCCGGGCCUCUUGAGCACAUGGGAGACCAGCCCCGAGCUGAGGCACAUGUAUCCUUAGGGAGCCUGGGGAAAGCUGAGCCUCUGUGUUCUUGGUGGCUGCCCCAUCACCAGUGAGGGGACAGACCCAUGCUUGAUUUUCUCCCCUCUCUGUCGUUUUGCAUGAAUGUGAGGAGCAGCAGUUUUUGUUUAUUCAUUUGGCCUAAAAUUGAGUGUAGGAUUUGGGGAUGUGGAUACUUAACGACAUUUUUUUUUUCUUUUGGUUUAAUGGGGUUAGGGUUAGGGACCAACCAGGACUGAGUGCCCAGGGGGCAGAGAGUGUCCAGUCCAGCCGCCGGGUCUGCAUGCACGUGUGUGGCUGGCGCUGGGCGGGGCCAGGCGGCUGGCGGUCUCGGGCAGGGUUGAGGGGUCUGUGCUCAGCUGAUAACUGCCAUGCACUGUACUGCACACCUCCCCAGAGCCCACCGGGACCGCACGUUUUCAGGGCAUUUCUCCCUCUCCAGCCAGGGCCCGGCUCCCACCUGCCUGGGUGAGUCUCCUCCAAGGAAGUCCCAGGAGUAUGAGCACCAGGGCGGGUGUGGACUCCCAUCUGCAGGGGUCCCUCCCAGCCUGGUCCCUGCCCUCUGAGGUCUGGAGGAGGCCCCUGUAGGGUCUGGCUGAGCUCCCUACCCUCCUUCCCUGGUCCCAUUCUUUUCCCUUCCUACCCCUAGCUGGGGUUGCUGCCCUGAACGAACCGCGUGUGGGGCGGCACAUCCUAGCAGGCAGCCCCUGGCGCCUGCUGCCUCAGGGAUGCUCCAACCACCCUCGUUCUCCCCGCAGCAGCCCUGGCUCCCGCCUCCCGCCCUCGCUUCCCAUGGGGCCCAUCAGCCUGGUCCCACCCCACGGAGAACCCAAAGUCUUACUGUAUAUAACUCCAGGUGACGUUUCUAUAUUUAUAGCAGUGUUGAAAACCCGUGUGUUUUACACAGAGAACCACCCUCUCUAACCCCCACCCUUCCCAACCCUAGCAAAAGGUUUUCAAAACCCUUACGGUUCCUUGGGCAGGCAGAAACAGGCUCACAGGCUGUGUGUUGGCUGCAGCAGUGAUUCCAACAUGCAGCUGUUGGGGGGAAAACAUAACUUUAAAAGAAAAAAACACCAUUAUUAAAAAAAGGUUUAUAAAACAAUUACUUAGGAUGUUUGUGAUUUGCCGACCUUGCUAUAGAUGCCAUGUUACCAAUGAUUUACUGUGGUGGGGGCUUGUCAUUGUUUACUCUUUUAUUUACCAACUUCUGGCCUAGGGCAUGACAGUGGGCACCUUCCCCCAGCCCUGGCUGGGCCCAGCACCUGUAUUCUGUGUUAGAAAGGUUUUAUAUA